GCUGGGAGGUUUGCCUGUGGGCAGUGCCCUCGGUAGGGGUUCCCAGGGCAGCGCCCAGCAACUCGCUUGGAGCCGGCGGUGCCCGGAGGGGCUGGGGCACUGCGCUGUCACCUCUGGGCAUCCGCUGCUUGGGAUCACCUCCUCCGACUGUGCCACCCAUGGCAGGCUUGGGGACAGUGACCCCACGGGCAAAGAGACCCCGCAGGGGGAGCAGAGGGCACCUGGGGCAGGACCUGAGGCUCUCGGUCACCAAGGCUGCCGCUCGCCAGCGGGCACAGAGCCGGCAGAGAGAAGGGGACCAGGUUGGGCACUGCCAGCCGCAGGGUUGGGACCCUUGGGAUCCUGUGCCCUGUCCCUUCUUGGCGUCCACGACUCCCAGGAGGAGCCGGCGGGCACAGAGCCGGCAGAGAGAAGGGGACCAGGUUGGGCACUGCCAGCCGCAGGGUUGGGACCCUCGGGACCCCGUGCCCUGUCCCUCCUUGGCGCCCACAACCCCCGGGAGGGGCGGGCGGGCAAAGCUGCGUGGCGAAGGGAACCGCCGCAGGCUGGCAUCUGCUGUCCCCUGCUCUGGAGAAAGGGACCCUGCGAGCCGCCGGCUCCAGCCCCGCUAUGGGGGCACCUACUUCUCAGGGCUCCCUGCUGUUGAGUGCCAGGAUCCUGCUGCCCCCAGCCUGCUGCUCCCCGCAGCCCCCGCAGCCAGCAGCACUGUCCCCAGGAGGACUCGCAGCGCUCCGGAGUGGACUCUGGUCCUGGAGCUGGAGGGGAUCCUGGUCUGCUCCUCCGUGCUCCCCAGCUGGAGGCAGGGGGCUGCAGCCACCUUCACCACGGAGUUCCAGGGAGAGCCCUACGAGGUCCACGUGAAGCUGCGUCCCUACGCGCAGCAGUUCCUGGAGAGCCUUUCCCAGACCUAUGAGAUCUUCAUCUUCACAACGGCGACGCAGGACUACACCGAGAAGGUCCUGGAGGUGCUGGUCCCCAAGGGGAAGCUGAUCAGGCACUGCCUCUGCCGGCAGGAUUGUCUCUGUGCCCAGGGCUGCUACUGGAAGGACCUGAGCCGCCUGGGAAGGGACCUGGACAAGUUGGUGGCCUUGGAUCACACCAUCCAGGGCAUCCCCGCCCAGGCUGCCAACUGGGUGCCGGUGCCAAGGUGGUGUGGAGAGCCCCAGGACGAGGAACUGCUGCAGCUCAUCCCGCGGCUGGCACAGCUCAGCCGGGAGGAGCUCAGCCACGCCAGGAGCCGCCGGCAGCUGCUGCGCCGCAGGCUGCCCCCCGAGGACUAGGCCAGCUCGGGGAGGUGGUGGGGGGCAGCAGCGUUGGACACCCCCACGCUGGAGGGGCUCACACUGCUUGAGUGGGCAUCGGGGAGCAGCCAGGCUCCAAGUCAGCCCCCGGCCUGGAUGGGGUCUGGGGGAGGCUGUUGUGCCCCCUUGGCUGGGUCUCAGGCUCAGAUCCUGCCCUUGGGGCUGGGGGGACCCCACGGGAGCCCCCCUGGGAGCCUCCUUUGCUCUCAGCUGCCCUUGGAGGAGAAGCUUCAGCCUGGUGCCCUCCUGCCCUGCUCUGUGUGCUCCAGCCAAGGGCUUCUCCGUGGCCAUUACACACUUGGGCAAAGGUCUUGCUCUGCUCUCUGCCACACGAAAGUGGGGGUGGCACAGCCCCCCCAGUCAUGUCCCGGGGUGCCCGUGGUGGGGAAGCCAAGCCUAGCAUGGUGCCAAUGCCCCUGGGAGGGCCCCAGUUGGCAGCAGUCCCCAUGCCUGCCCCAGCUCCAACCCUGCCUGGCACUGUGCUGCGUGCCAGGGGUGCAGCUGCUGCCCUGCUGCUGCCAGCCCUCGCGGCACGGCAGGGGUGGGGAGGGCAGGGAGGGGUGGUCGUGGGGUGCAGCGACCCCCAAGGUCCCCUUGCCAAGGGCUGAAGGCUGCUGGUAACUGAGAACUGGUGGGGGGCAGGGUGAGCCUGUGCCCAGCAGCGUGGGUCCAGGCUGCCCUCUCCAGUCCAGCUGUGCCAGAAGCUGUCCUGGCGCUGCAGGAGCUGCCUGCAGUCACUGGGGUGCAGCUGCUUGGAGAGAGGUCCUCAGCUCCUCCUCCUCCUCAUCUGGUCCUCAUCUCCUGCUCCCCUCCGCGCCUGGGAAAGGGCAGAGUGCCGCUGCCCCCCUGCAAAGAGCUCCCCCCCGCAGCGUGCCCGGCCGGCCCCUUGGCACGGCUCAGGCCCCCGAGGGAUGCGAGGAGGGGACGAAGGCAGCAGAAGCCUCGACCCUGCUGUGCCUCCGCCGCUGCACGCAGCUGGCCGCGGGAUGGGCUGGGGCCAG